AUGGAAGAUAUACAAACUAUUGUCAUUGACAAUGGAUCGGGUACAUGCAAGGUUGGGUUUGCAGGUGAUGAUGAUCCACGUGCUGUAUUCCCGAGUGUUGUUGGUAGACCGAAAAACUAUGAUGCUGUCAUUGGCAAGUUUAAAAAGGAUUCAUUUGUUGGUGAUGAAGCUCAAUCAAAGAGAGGAUAUCUUACUAUAAAGUAUCCAAUUGAACGUGGUAUUAUAACCAAUUGGGAUGAUAUGGAAAAGAUAUGGCAUCAUACAUUCUAUAAAGAGUUGGGUGUUGCUCCUGAAGAACAUCCAGUAUUGUUAACAGAACCACCACUCAAUCCAAAGGCAAACCGUGAAAAGAUGACUCAAAUCAUGUUUGAAACAUUCAAUACACCAUCUAUCUAUAUAUCAAUUGAUGCAGUACUUUCAUUAUAUUCAUCGGGUCGUACAACAGGUAUGGUACUCAGUUGUGGUGAUGGUGUGACGCACACAGUACCCAUCUACGAGGGUCAUGCUUUACAACACUCUAUUCAACGUCUUGAUAUAAGUGGUCGUGACCUAACAGAUUACAUGGCAAAGAUGCUCAAUGAUAGAGGACAUGAUCAAAUCAAGUUUACUGCACCUGCCGAACUAGCGAUUGCACAUGAUAUUAAAGAGAAGCUUUGUUAUGUUGCAACAGACUUUGACCAGGAAAUGGAGACAUCGAUCAACUCUACACAGUUGGAUAGACACUAUGAACUACCUGAUGGACGUACAUUGACUGUUGGUAAUGAACGGUCCAGGUGUCCCGAGGCACUCUUCCAUCCAUCACUACUUUGUAACGAAUCUGAUGGUAUUCAUGAAAUGACCUACAACUCGAUCAUGAAGUGUGAUGUUGAUAUUAGAAGAGAUCUUUACAACAACAUCGUACUCAGUGGUGGAUCGACAAUGUUCCCAGGAAUGGCCGAUAGAAUGCACAAGGAAAUAUUCGCACUUGCACCAUGUGCAACGAGAAUAAAGAUCAUAGCUCCUCCAGACCGCAGAGAUUCUGUCUGGAUUGGUGGUUCCGUCCUCGGCUCACUCUCCACCUUUCAACAAAUGUUUAAAUAUUACAGAUUCGUUGGUAGAUCACUCCUCACUUCAAACGGAUGGAAAGAGAGACCCUCUUUACAAGUAGGCAUGCGUACCAAUUCUACAAGGUAUCUCGGGUUGGUUGAUGACAGCAAUAUAUGGAAACUAUCUUUAGCUCUCGUCUCCAAGAGACUAUUCAACUUGGUGUCGACUAGUCUAUUGACCAAAAUCACUGUAUUCCCCACCAUUGAAACGAGCAGACAUAUUCUAAAUCCAUUUUGUGUCAUCAAGAGAGCCAAUCAUCUUACUCUUCUACCAUCAAAUAGAGGUUAUAUGGCAGGAUUCUCCAAUUCCAAAGAUGUUGUGCGGUUUGCAAAUAGUGUACCAAAUGGAUCUCUUCAAUUAUUACAACAACUUGACAAUAUUGUCUACUUUUCAAGUCUCAGACAUAUAGUAAUUGAUGCUCAGAUCGAUUUGGAUGAAUGGAAUGAUAUAAAAUUAGCAAAUAGUGUUGUCAAGGUGACACUUAUUAAAUGUCCAAAGAAUAUUUUAUUGUUUCAAAAGAAUACUCAAAUUAAAACAAUUCGAUUUCUAAAUAAUGUUUCCCAAUUUGAUUCAAAUCAAUUCAUUAGAAUGAUAUUGGAAGAUUUAAGUUGUCUCCCAUUCAAUGAAAUCCAAUCAAAUGUAGAGAAUAUUAUUAUUCAUUCACCAACCUCUAUUUUGGAAAGUGAUGUAAAUCAAUUUCAAAAAAAUGGGUAUCAAUAUAUUGGAUCAACAUUUACCAAAAAUUCAAAUUACAAAUUACAAUUUAAAAGAAUCCAAGAAUCUUUUGGAAAUUCAAUCAAUCAAUCUAUUCAACAACCAACAUUUCAAGAUGAUAAAAUGAAAUUGGAUAAUAAUAAUAUUAUUAGUAUUAUUAAUAACAAUCACCAGGUACUCCCAAAUUAUAUUCUCUUUAAUAUUAUUAGAUUGGUUUGGGAUUCAAGAGGCAAUUGUACAUGUCUUUAUGAUCAGAGUAUCAGGGAAAGAAUUAAAAAUGAUGGUUUAAAAUUAUUGGACAAUCAAGAAUUUAUGACAAAGCUAAACAAUAUCAAAUCCAAUUGCCAAGUACAUUUUUCAACAAAAUCUGCCUAUCAUCCAGCUGGAUUAAAUGCCAAACAUGUCAAUCGAUCAAGACUACAACUAUCACUCAUAUCAAAGUCAUUUUUUAGAUUCAUCCAAUCAAACUAUUUCAACCAAUUUGUGCUCAAAUCAUAUUCAAACGACGACGAUCAUUUGGAAAACAAAAAUUGUUUGUUAAACCAUUUCACAUCACUCUUUAUUUAUGAUAAUAGCCAGUUACAUUCUAAAAAAAUGACUUGUCUUAAUUUUGAUCAAGAUAAAAUUCUCAAUAUGACUGAAAUGUCAAUUAGACGUGGAUUCUUUCCAAAAGGAUAUCUAGCACAAUUUAUAAAUCUCCAAUCUCUGACAGUCCAUUCAAACAAUAAUCCCAUCCCAUUUGAAUGUUUUCAAAAUCUAAGAAAAUUGGAUAUUGGUAAUUUCGAUUUACGUCAUCUCAGAUAUUUUACAUUAGAUAAAGAUCUAUCAGAAAGUUUAAAUGGAAACCACUAG